GAUGACGAUGAAUAUCCUGAUGGUGGCUAUGGCUGGGUAAUUGUUUUCGGUGCAUUUUGUGCGCAAAUAACCUAUUUCGGUGUCAUAUCUAGUGUCAUGCAAGAUUACUAUCAACAAAAUGUAUUUACGAACAGUGAUCCAAAAGUGGUUGUCGACUUGAGUUUUGUUGGCUCGUUGACCCUGGUUUUUCUUGAUGGCAUGAGCCCCUUUGUUAGACUGGCCGUAGCUAGAUUGGGUGUAAAGCCUGUCAUGAUCAUUGGUUCCUUAUUGAUAACACUCGGCUUGGAAAUGGCAGGUUUCGCUACUCAAGUAUGGCAUCUUUAUCUUACACAAAGUAUUGUUUUUGGUACGGGUGCUUCAUGUAUAUAUGUAAUUGCCAUGUCUAUCACGCCUCAAUGGUUCAAAAAAAGAAGGGGAUUGGCUUUGGGCAUAGUUGCUGCUGGAUCUGGCAUGGGCGGCCUUGUUGUUCCCCUAAUUGUGACCCCGAUCAAUCGACAAUUGGGAGCCCAAUGGACUUAUAGAGUACUAGGGUUUAUCUGCUUAUUCUGCGAUGUCAUUGCUUGUGUCUUUGUGAAGGAAAGACAGAAGAGAGAUCCUGCGGCUAAAAAGAAAAAACUAUCAGAAAUUCUCGACUUGUCGGUUUUGAAAAAUCUCAACUUUCUUCUAUUCAUCAUUGCAUCAAAUAUCGCUCUGUUAGGUUACUUUGUUCCCUUCUUCUUCGUUCCUGCAUAUGCGACAUAUUUAGGCUUAUCUGAUUCUCAAGGCUCCUCCUUAAUUGCAGUAGCUUCAGCAUUAAAUUUUGUAGGUCGGUUCACCGCUGGUUGUAUAGGCGACUACAUCGGUCCAAUCAACGCAGAUAUUAUCUUCACCCUUCUUGCAUCCAUCAGUGGCUUCUUAAUUUGGACAUUUGCGAAGACCUAUUCGUCACUCGUGGGUUUCAUGGUUGUCUUUGGUUUCGCCUGCGGUUCUUUUUUCCCGCUUAUGUCCCCCAUUACUGCCUCAAUUUUAGGCAUGGAACGCUUCCCUUCCGGUAUUGCGCUAGUGAUAGGAACCAAUAUGUUUGCUAUGUUUGGUACUAAUAUUGCUAGUGCUAUUGAAACAAGCCCUCUUAUUGCAUCUACCUCACCACCGUUUUUCAGUUACAAAAUAUUCACCGGUGUCACGUAUUUGGUAGCUACGAUAGCAUUGUUGUGGCUCAAGCUUAGAGUAAAUAGAAAUCCUUGCUCGAAAUUGUAA